AUGCCAGAACACCUUAAAAUGCCUUGUGGAGACUGUCAGUUGCUCCAGAAAAACAACAGGAGUAUAACUAACCUGAAAGAGGACAUCCGUAGACUGUCAGAUGAGCUGAAAAAGAAGGAUCGUCUCUUGACCAGCUUCAUCGAUAUCACCUCUGCCCAGUCAAAAAAGUUAGCAGUCAUGAAUUCAGCUAUAGCUAACACCGUUUUGUGGGAUCCUGCAACUCGUCCCGGAUCCUCCUCCUGCUCGACUCCUAAUCACCGAGCUACCUGGACUGAGGUAGUCAGGGGCCGUAAGAAGAGUGAUCACCAAGAAAUCGCUUCACCUCCCCUCAACCUCUCAAAUCGCUUUGCGGCUCUACUGGAUCUCUACUGGAUGCAUUCAGCGGAUCUCUCCAGGGAUGCAGCCGCCCCCACCCGCUCCGCUGCUGGCCCAAGGUCUGGGAGAGCUGAACCUGUGGCGGCUCGUGUUUUCCACGUGCAGCCCUCCGCUGGCAUCAACGGCAACAAUGCUCCAGGUUACUCCUUUGCUGCCGCAGCUGCGGCCGUCUCCUUUCCUACUGCUGGUUCCUCAUCCACCUCGCGCCCUGGAAAUCCCCGGUCUCGCCUCCCUAGGCUAAACACUUGGAUCACCGAGGUAAAUCCGCAAUCUGAUCUUCCUCCACUUCUGCCACAAUCUCCAUCUCAUCCCCAUCCCUUAACGCUUAUUAUUGGAAGCUCCAUGGUAAGGAACAUCAGAGCAAAAGGUGCCCACAAGUACUGUUUUCCUGGGGCGUGCAUUUUGGACAUCCGAGAUAAACUGCCUUCUGUUCUAAGUCACCAUCCAGACUGCUCAAACCUGGUCAUUCAUGUGGGAUCAAAUGAUGUCAGCCAGCAACAGUCCGAAAUCCUCCGUGCGGACUUUCAGCUACUCAUCCCUGCCUUAAAGGACACAAGAAAAAGCAUUCUUCUAUCUGGUCCAAUCCCCUCGGGCGGGGCUGUGGACGUUUUUCCCGCUUACUGUCUCUACACACCUGGCUUAAAAGAGUAUGCAGUGCAACACAAAUGAAUCUAGAUUUUAUUGACAACUUCGACCUCUUCUGGAACCGUUCCCAACUGUACAGACAUGACGGACUCCAUCCAAACCUACAUGGUGCAAAACUGCUUUCUGCAAAUAUUUACUAUGCUUUGGUUAAUCUGCAAAAUGCCCGCUGGACUGUCUGAGACAGUCCAUGCCACCAUGAGGUACAUUCACCGAUAGGGUUCCUGCUACAAGCAACAUUUCUGCAACAUCUGGCCAAACUCAUCCCCUACCACUCAUGGGGCAUGGACUGUCGAUCCUACUCCCAGCUGCUCCUCCUGUUAAUCACAUCCCAGUCCGCCAAACAAUCAGACAACAUAAGUCUUUCUACAAAGCAUCUCGCUCAGUAAAUUACGACAAUCUUAUCACCAUUACAGUUCCAUCUUGGCCUCUCAUCUCCUUUAAAUUUGGUUUGCUGAAUGUAAGAUCUCUCUCAAACAAAUCAUUUAUCCGUCAAAAUUUUAUUUUAUCACAAAACCUUACCUGCUUCUUCAUCACUGAGUCAUGGCUUACCCCUGAUGACCUCUCCCCUCUAAUUGAAACCACUCCUCCAGGCUACUUUCACUUUCAUCAACCCAGGUUACAUGCAUGAGGUGGUGAGGUCGCUGUCAUCUGCAAAAUUGCCCUCAAGGGCUCCUCUAUUUCUAUAGGCCCCUUUUCAUCUUUUGAAUCUUUGGCUUUUGUGAUAGAUGGCAGCUCACCGGUCUUCUGCCUGCUAUUAUACAGACCACCCAAACCAAACAUUAAUUUUAACAGUGAGUUUUCUGAUCUCCUUUCCAACAUUGCCCCAAAGUAUGACAAUAUUCUUAUUCUUGGAGAUUUCAACAUCCAUAUUUGCUGUCCUUCUGAAGCCAUGACUCGUGAUUUUAUAAACUUACUUGAAUCUUUUGGUCUCCACCAGUCUGUGAAUGGCCCGACCCAUGUUAAAGGCCAUACAUUAGAUUUAGUUCUCUCCUCGGGUAUCUCUAUCUCAAACCCAGUAAUAGAAGAUUUUCAUGUAUCUGAUCACAAAGCAAUCAUCUUUGAUCGCGAUUUGCCUCAUCUUUCUCCGGUUCACUCUGCUCUUCUCCGCUCCUGAACUAUCAAUUCAUCCACUGCCACUAAGUUUGCAGAAGCCUACAGAGAGGCUGCCAACAUUAACAGUAUCGAGGCAGCACCAUCUCAUGUGAGCACAGAGGAAAUUCUCUCUCUUUUUUACCAGUACUGUUUCGGCCACCCUUAACUCUGUUGCGCCUCUAACAAUUAAAAAACGUAAGCCUCUAGCCUUACCAUGGCUUAAUAAAAAUACAAGAAAAGUUAGGAGGGCAUGCAGAAGGGCAGAGCGAAGUUGGAAGCGGGACAAAUUGCAGAUCACAUUCCAAAUCCUGAAGGAUCUCUUGGAUAAGUAUCAGCUGGCUGUCAAAAAUGCCACAGCUCAAUAUUUUUCUGAUAUCAUUGAAAAAAACUGUCAUAAUCCUAGGGUACUUUUUAGUGUGUUGAACUCUGUCAUUUCCUCCACUCCCACCUCCUGCCUUGAAGCAUCUGACUCUAAAUGUGAGUUCCUAAAAUUCUUUAGAGAAAAAGUCAUUAACGUCAGAGCUAGUAUUAAUCCAUCUGUAAACAGCCUAUCCAUCUCCUCUGAAAAUACUGCAGUUCUCAAUUCUUUUAACUCCAUGACUUUAACAGAACUUCAUCAUAUUAUCUCUUCUAUGAAGACCUCCACCUGUCCUCUCAAUUAUCAGUAGCUCCCUGGAAACCAGUCAUGUUUCCCAAUCUUUCAAACAUACAGUUGUCCAGCCACUUUUAAAAAAAACGAAUCUAGAUCCUUCAGUCCUCAACAAUUACAGACCCAUAUCUAAACUACCCUUUCUUUCCAAAAUACUUGAAAAAGUCGUUUUUAACAAACUAUUGUCCCACCUUGCUCAAAAUUGCAUUUUUGAAAAAAUCCAGUCCGGUUUCAGAGCUCUUCACAGUACUGAGUCUGCAUUACUGAGAAUAACUAAUGACCUUGUAGCUGCUGACUCAGGUAACUGCUCCAUCCUCCUGCUCCUCGAUCUAACUGCAGCCUUUGACACAGUAGAUCAUUCAAUUCUUAUUCACAGAUUAAAACAAUGGGCAGGAGUCUCUGGUUCUGCCUUAAACUGGUUUUCAUCAUAUUUGUCCAAGAGAUCAUUAAGUGUCUCAAUUAGAGGGUCCCCCAAGGUUCCAUACUUGGUCCAAUUCUCUUCUCCAUCUAUUUGCUUCCCCUUGGUCACAUUAUUAAAAAGACACACAGAUCUACCUCCCCUUGAGCCUAAUAACUACAAUCAAAUAAGUGCCCUUAAUAACUGUCUUCAUGACAUCAAAUCCUGGAUGGCUGCAAACUUUCUCCAGCUCAAUGAAAAAAAAACUGAAGUUACUCUAUUUGGACCACAGCAGUUCACCAACAUUAUCGCCCCCCCUUCUUGGCCCUUUGGCCCCCUCUGUCAAAUCACAUUUUAAAAAUCUUGGUGUCAUCUUUGACUCAGGAUUAAAGUUUGACAAACAAAUAAAUCAGGUCAUAAAAUUAAGCUUCAUGCAGCUCCGCGUUGUCUUAAAAAUCAAAUAAUUUCCUACCACUUCUGAUCUGGAGAAAGUCAUUCAUGCCUUCAUAUCCUCGCGCCUCGACUAUUGUAAUGCAUUAUAUUUUGGUAUCACUCAGUCUUGUUCAUCUCGUCUCCAACUAAUUCAAAAUGCAGCAGUCAGAGUUUUAACCAGAACUAAGAAGAGGGAACACAUUACUCCCAUUCUUGGCUCCCUUCAUUGGCUGCCUGUUAGCUACAGGAUUGAGUUUAAAUCCCUGAUGUUUGUUUACAAAGUGUGUAAUGGUCUUGCCCCCUCUUCUGUCACAGAACUCUUGUCUCCAUAUCGCACAAUGAGAGAACUAAGAUCGUCUGACCAAAGACUACUGUCAGUCCCACGAUCCAGGACUAAGUUUGAUGGGGACAGGGCUUUCUGUAUCGCGGCCCCAAAACUGUGGAAUUCUCUCCCUCCCACCAGAUUCUCCCCCACUAUUGAGACUUUUAAGACUCAACUUAAAACCCACUUUUACUCCCUAGCUUUUAACUGUCCCUAACUUUUAUAGCUCAACCAUUUCCCAUGUAGGCUCUGUGAGGUCUGUAGGUCAUUAGAUCUGUGUUGUCUUUAUCAUUGUUAUUAUUAAUAAUAAUAAUAAUAAUAAUAAUAUCUUACAUUUGUAUAGCACCUUUCAAGAUACCCAAAGCGCUUUUAUUUUUAUUUUUAUUUAUUAUUGCUGCUGCUUUUGUUAUUAUUAUUAUUAUUAUUGUUAUUUAUUAUCACUAUUAUGAAUGAUGAUGAUAGUGAUGGUAUUGAAAAUAUUUUUUAUUGCUAUCGUUAUUAAUAUAACUGUCACUCUGUCUGCUCUUCUUCAUCGUCUGUUUGUUCUCUUCUUUUGUUUUGUUUUUUCCUCUGUGUUGUUGUAAAGCACUUUGGGUCAACUCUGUUGUGUGUGAAGUGCUAUAUAAAUAAAGUUGAGUUGAGUUGAGAUGAGUAUUAAAAUGCAUAAACUUCAAUAGGGCUUGAUUUCGUGGACACGGAUGUGCGCACUAAGGAAACGUCAUUUUAAAACUUAAGAUAAGAAAACACUGGAGGUUUAGGUUAAAAUCUAAAAACAAAGAAACAUGGAACGACAUUUUAGAAAUAAUAAAUAAAAUGAAAUAAAAACAACAGUAAAAGAUACUACAAUAAAGGCACCAAAAUGGCUCAAAAAAGACGAUCCUGUGAUUAAAACUAGAGUAGAUAAAUAAUAAAACACUUAAAGUGAAUAAUACAAAAUUUAGAUAUAAGCAAGAAUAAAGGUAUGCUUUUAGUUUGUUUCUAAAAUCAUAAAGAUUAGGUGCAGUCCUCAGAUCUUAAGGUAAGCUGUUCCAUAGACAGGGGCCAGAGUAAUAAAAAGAUGCCUCACCGUAUGUUUUAGUUAUAAUUUUAGGCAAUGUUAACAGAGAACCUCCUGAAGACCUGAGGGCUCCACCUGGCUCAUAUGGUAAAAGAAGAUCAGAUAGAUAAGAAGGGCCAAAGCCAUUAAGAGCUUGAAAAACCAAUAAAGCAACCUUAAAAUCUAUUCUAAAAGAGAUGGGUAGCCAAUGCCGAGACCUUAAAAUUGGUGUAAUAUGAUCCCUCUUUCUGGUCCUUGUUAACAUCCGUGCAGCUGAAUUUUGGAGUAAUUGCAGGAGUCAAAUGUUCUUUUUGGGGAGACCAGAAAGGAGUGCAUUACCAUAAUCUAUUGUACAAGUGAUAUAAGCAUGAAUUAAUGUCUCUGCAUGGGCUUGAGAGAGAGGGCUAUGUUUUUUAAAUGAUUAAAAUGCCUUCUUGGUGAAAUCUCGUAUGUGAGGCUCAAAGCUCAGUUCUGAAUCAAAUAAAACACAUAAAUUUUUAGCUUGUUGACUUGGAUUAUAGGAUAAUGCUUUGAGUUUGCUGACCGGUUUCUCUCUCUUGUCCCCUUUCCCAAUUACUAAAACAUAAGUUUUGUCCUGGUUGAGCUGUAAAAAGUUCUCUGCCAUCCAUGAUUUAUUGUCUAAAAUGCAGUUAAAAAGUGGCCCUGUGUCAUCAGGAGACACAGCAACAUAAAGUUGUGUGUUGACAGCAUAGCUGUGGAAAUUGAAGCCGUGUGUCGGGUUCAGGAGGCACAAAGGGUCAAUUUCUACAAACACACAAUAUAACACAAACCAAUUUUUAAGUCACUCACACUCUUCAUAUGGCUGAGCCAAGAUUGACACAAAUACAAUAAUCAACUAGGUUUCAACAAACGCUGUGAUUUUGGUUUCACCCUGGGUCACCUGACCCGAGGAAGCGCGUCACCUUGCGCUAUUUAACGGGUGACCCAGAACUGCCUCUGUUCAGUCGGUGAACCUGAGACAGACUUCUGCUUCAACAGCAGGUGAGUGUGUGUUCGAGUGUGCACCCUCUAACACUCGUAGCGGGGACACAAAAGUCCAGGGAAAUUAUUGUCAUUUGUGUUAAUUUUGACUCCCUCGUCCGUCACUCCAUUAGCGAGGGAGAGCGAGAGGGCGAGAGAGCGAGAGGGCGAGAGAGCGAGAGAGAAGGCGGCCAGCCGUGAGGGAGAGCGGGCGGCCAGCCGCAAGAGAGAUGGCGGCCAGCCACGAGGGAAAGCAGGCGCCCAGCCACGAGGGUAGCGCCCUUCCACAAUACCCCUCUCCACCCUGAGGUUGGCGAUGUGCGGCAACCUCGAAAGAUAGGCUGCCACAACGUUGCUCUUGCCCGGCUGAUGGUGGAUCCAGAAUUGGAAUGGUUGGAGGGAGAGGUGCCAGUGGGUGAGACGACUGUUGUGAUCCUUCAUUGAAUCUAUCCACGUCAGCGCCCGAUAAUCAGUCUCAUGCUCUCCAGGGCCCAUUCAAUGGCCAGGCCUUCCUUCUCCACAGUGGAGUACCUGGUCUCCUGUGGUAGCAGCUUGCGGCUCAGGUACAGCACCAGUCGCUCAUCACCUGGCUCACCUUGGGCCAGGACUGCCCCCAGUCCCACAGCUGAAGCAUCAGUCUGAACCAGGAACUGCUGGCUGAAGUCGGGGCCUCUCAAGACUGGCGAAGAGCACAAACAGGCUUUGAGAGCGUGGAAGGCCAUCUCGUAGUCCUCGUUCGAGAUGACCGGGUUUCUCUGGUCCUUCGCUGUCAGAGGAGCUGCGAUGGUGGCAAACUGUUGGACAAACCUUUCGUACCAGCCGGCCAAGCCCAAGAAGGACCUCACCUCCUUCUUUGUGUGAGGGCGUGGGCAGCUGCGGAUGGCCUCCACCUUGUCCACCUGCGGCCAGACAUCCCCUCGUCCCAGCCAGUACCCCAGGUACUCUGCCUCCUCCUUGGCCCACUGGCAUUUGGCUGGAUUCAGCGUCAGGCCUGCCUGCUAGAUCUGGCCCAGGACUCGCUCCAAUGAUGCAGGUGCUGCUCCCAGGUGUCACUGAAGAUGACCACAUCAUCCAGGUAGGCAGCAUUGCAGUCCUCACACCCUGUAGAACCUGGUCCAUCAGUCUCUGGAACGGGGCAGGUACCCCGUACAGGCCAAAGGGCAUCACCGUAAACUGGAAGAGGCCAGCAGGUGUCUGGAAUGCUGUGUAGGGACGACUGGACACUUCCAGGGGUACCUGCCAGUAGCCCUUACAGAGGUCCAGGGUGGUGUUGAACCUGGCCCGGCCGAUCCUCUCCAGCAGUUCGUCAAUCCGUGGCAUUGGGUAGGUGUCAAACUCCGACAUCGCAUUAAGCUUCCUGAAGUCGAUGCAGAUGCGGAGGGAGCCGUCCUUAUUCACCACAAUGACCACUGGGCUGCACCACUCGGACUGCGACAGUUCGAUCACCCCCAAGCGCUGCGCCUCCUCUACCUCCUUCAGGAGCUUGGCCACUGGCGAACUGGCCCCUUGUCUCUCAGGCGAACCAUGUGCUCGAUGAGGCCAGUCCUCCCCGGGCUGGCAGCGAAGAGCUUGGAGACCCUCUGGAACACCUGACACAGCUGGCUGGACUGGACGGCAGAGAGAUGGCCAAGAGCAGGUUCAGCAGACUGAUGGAGGUCGGCGAGGGUACACUCCUCCUCCUCUUCGCUGUCCACCUCCACCACCAAUAGGGCCGCCACAGGGCCCCAAGCUGGAGCCUCCUUCCACUCCUUCAGCAGGUUGACAUGGUAGACCUGCUUUGCCCUUUUCUUGUCAAGGUGGUGGAUCUCAUAGGUCACAGGGCCCAUGUAGGGACGGUGUACGGGCCCUGCCACUUGGCAAGCAGCUUGCUGUUUGAAGAUGGGAGGGAGAGCCUUCUGGCCGGGCUGGAACUCUCUGCGUCUGGCAUGUCGGUCGUACUACGCCUUCUGGGCCUGCUGGGCUUCAGGCAGGUUGACCUCGGCCUCAUCCUGGUACUUUGCUACUUUGCCAGCCAGUCCCUCAUCUCCAGCACGAAGUGGACCACACUGCGAUCACUGAUGCCUGUUGCAGGAGCCUUCCAUGUCUUUAGCAGCAGAUCCAACGGCCCCUGUACCUCCCAGCCGUAUAGUAGUUCAAACUGCGAGAACCCUGUGGAUGCUUGGGGAACUUCUCGGUAGGCGAACUGCAGGAAGGGUAACCACUGGUCCCAGUCUCGCCCAAUGUCAGCCACAAAUUUCUGCAGCAUCUUUUUGAGGGUUUGGUUGACAUGCUCAGCCAAGCCGUCUGUCUGAGGGUGGUAUGGGGUGGUCUUGAUUGUGGAAAUCCCCAACUGUCGGUGGAAGACUGCAGGAGUCUGGAGGUGAAAUUAGGCCCCUGUUCUGUGAUGAUCUUGUCUGGAACACCAACCCUGGAAAACAGCUGGACAAGGCAAUGCAGCACUGCCGGAGCAGUAACCGUGCGCAGGGGAAAAGCCUCUGGGAAACAAGUGGCGUAAUCACAGACCACCAGGAUGUACUGGUGCCCUUCACUGCUCCUCACCAAUGGGCCAACAAUGUCCAUGGCUAUCUGCCUAAAUAGAGCGGAGAUCACAGGCAGAGGUUGGAGGUAGGCAUGGUCUGAUUGGUGGACAUAGCAAGUUUUCUAACAGGUGGGACAGGUUUUACAGAAGGUUUGCACAUCAACAUACAUGGAAGGCCAAUAGAACCUUGAAGAUAUCCGCAAGUAAGUUUUGUUGCAACCCAGGGGCCUCAUGUAUCAACACUUGUGUGGGACUCAUACCAGAAACAAGCGCACGCAAGGUCCGUCACGCUGAAAAAAAUCUGUAUGUAUCAAUGUGUGCGGGCGCCGAAAGCCACGUGUGUUUCCUUGAUAAAUCCCAAUCAGCGUGGAAUUGAGCGCAGAUGUCGGAGUGACUGGGCCCGCCCCCGGCCCCAGCACCAGCACCAACACCAGCGCGCCGACAAGCGAUGGAGCGUCCACCAGCCGCGGCGCUUCCGCUGGACCACCCGGACGCACUGGAAGGGUCCUCACGGAGGCGGUCCUGCAAUCACAGGAACAAAUAAUUAGGGGGAUCGCGGGGAUCAACGAUCGGCUGGACCGCCACGUAAAUGUCCUCGAGCGUCUGGUGGACAAAAUAAAUUAAUUUGGCUCAUUAAACUGUGUAUUCACUUCUUACCCAUUCACAUUGUGGUGAUGAGAUUCUCCAGCGCGAGGACGGCGGACCGGCAGGGAUCAGCUCGCAUCCCUCCGUCUGCUGCUGGUUUGUGAUGUGGGGCGACGUGCUGCUCGGCCAUGGGGAUGUGGUGCAGGUGUGCCACAUUGUGGAGGACGCCACACGCCAUCACAAUGCGGCACACCUUCUCCGGAUGAUACAGAAGCACGCCGCCACUCCGGUCCAGACAGCGCCACCGACCCUUUAACUGGCCGAUGGCCCUCUCCACCACUGACUGAGAGCGAGAGUGGAGAUGGUUGUACCUCCGCUCUCGGUCAGUGUGGGGGUUGUGGAGAGGGGUCAUCAGCCAGGUCCUGAGGGGGUAGCCACUGUCACCUUCAGAAAAAGCACAGUGUGUUAAGUCUUGGGCUUAAAGCGUUGUAAUAAUAGCAAGCAAUAAGCAAUCAAUAACCCACAACAUCCAUCGAGUACUCGCAAUCAAACACAGAGUACAAUACAUCAGCGUUGCACACAUUUGGUUCAAGUCACUGAUGCACGUCAAGUUUCUUGAAUAACAUUAUAUCAUUACAUAUUUACUCACCCAGCAGCCACCCGUCUGUCACUGCACCUGCCUGGAGCCUCUCCCCAACAGUGCUGUUGUACAGGAUGUGCGAGUCGUGCGUUGAACCGGGCCACCUCGCCACAAUGUUGAGCAGAUUCAUCUGCGCAUCACAGAUGAUCUGCACAUUGAUGGAGUGAACGCCUUUACGGUUAACGUAAGCGUACUUGUCAUCGGAUGGCGCAUUUAUGGCAACAUGAGUACAGUCAAUAGCUCCGAUUACAUUUGGGAAUCCGGCUAUUGCUGCAAAUUGCGUUUUAAUAUUGGCCUGUUCAACCACACCGUAGGGGAAUUUUAUGUACCUGUGAGAGAGGCAGAUCAGCUGGUCCACCACCGUGGGCAUGGCACGGCUGAUGGUGGGCUGGCUCACCCCAGAACGGUCCGCCAUCUCCCGCUGGAAGGACCCUGUGGCCAAGAAGCCGAGUGUGCCCAGCACCAGCGUUGGCACGGGCACCGCUCGGCUUCUGGCCGUUGAUCGCUGGAGCGCCGGGCGGAGCUCCUCGCACAGCUCCAGGAGGAUGGCCCGCGGUAGCCGGAACCAGCUCAUGAGCCACUUGUCUGUGUUCUGGAGCAGGUCCUCCCGCUCCAUAAAGUGACGCUCGCGUCGGAUGGCACGGUUUUCUAUGUCUUCUAUCAGCGCAAGUGCUGCCAUUGUUAAAUGUUGUCUUCUCUAUUUGUAGUUGUAG